AUGGAUUCAGCCAAGCCUCAAUGUGGAUCGGAAGCUGGAGCGGAAGAGUACAAUCUUGGCCUGCAUGUCGGUGGUCUCUUUGCUGUUUUGACAGUCUCUUGUCUUGGCGCUGGUUUUCCAGUCGCUGCCAAGAGAAUCAAAUGGCUCAAGAUGCCUCCCAAGGUCUUCUUUGCUUGCAAGCAUUUCGGUACUGGAGUUUUGGUUGCUACUGCAUUCGUUCAUUUGCUCCCUACAGCCUUCGGAUCUCUCACUAAUCCCUGCCUCCCCGAUCUUUUCACCGAUAUCUAUCCUGCCAUGCCUGGAGUCAUCAUGAUGGCCGCCAUGUUCUGUCUCUUCAUCGUCGAAAUGUACCUCAACGCCAAAACCGGAGGCCACUCCCACGGCGGUCCCACCGGCGAAACCAUCACCAUCGCACCACCACCACCUACUCGUCCCCAGCGUCCUCAGCGUCCCUUUCCCGAGCAACAGAACUUCGCGCACACCCGCAACGAUUCUUUCCGUAGCGAUUACACCUACACCGAUGAAGACGACCAUGUCUCGUACGAAAAGGAGAUGGCCCGCGAGAUGUACGAGAAGGAGACCAAGCCUUAUGAUUAUUCCAAGGGUAACGAGAACUCUACCAUGCCUGCUUGGUUUGUCGUCUUUUACGAGCAGUAUGUUCGACAGCGCUCUGAGAUGAUGGAGAUGAUCAAGGAGACCCAGUAUUCUUCGCAGGCUACUAUCGAUUCUAAGCCUCAUGUUGAAGUCACCGAGUCGUACUUUGAUGAGGAGAGCCAGACUCAGAUUGAUCACGAGACGUACAAGCGCAUGUCGACAAACAUCACUCUUCUCGAAGGUGGUAUCCUCUUCCACUCCGUCUUCGUCGGAAUGACCAUCGCCAUGACGACUGACGGUCUCGUCGUUCUUCUCACUGCCAUCAUGUUCCAUCAAAUGUUCGAAGGUCUCGGUCUCGGAUCUCGUAUCGCUGCCGUUCCUUAUCCCAAGGGAAGUUUCCGACCUUGGUUGCUUGUUUUCGCUUUUGGAUGUACCGCGCCAAUUGGACAGGCUAUUGGAAUUCUGAGCCGAAACUCUUACGAUCCUGAGGGUGAGAUGGGUUUGAUCAUGGUUGGAGUCUUUAACUCUAUCUCUUCCGGUCUUUUGAUCUACGCUGCUCUCGUCAACCUCCUGGUCGAAGACUUCCUCUCCGAAGAAGCACAACACCUCAUGAAGACAAAGGACAGAAUCUUGGCUAUGUGCUGGGUCUUCCUUGGUGCUUUUGGCAUGUCUGUCGUCGGUGCGUUCGCUUAA